AUGGCUGGUUUGGAUUUUGUUGCUGCUCUUAAGCCUUUCAUAUCCAUGUGGAAAAUCAGGGUCAAAGUUAUCCGUUUAUGGAGGCAAUACUCUGCUGCUGUAGGGGAGACCAUUGAAAUGGUGCUGGUGGAUUCUAAGGGGGAUAUGAUUCAUGGAACCGUGAAGAAGGAACUGGUCAGCCAGUUUGAGUCUGCCCUCCGUGAGAAUGUAUCAAAACUGAUUGUCAAUUUUACCGUCACAUAUGCAUGUGGAUCAUACCGCACAACCAACCAUCCAUACCGGAUUGUGUUCCUCCCGACAACAAGGUUAAGACCCUGUGAUGUUUUGCCAACCAACUUGAAUGGUUUCAAACCAGUCAGUUAUGGAGCUAUCAUGGAUGGUACUCAAAAUGCCAACUACUUAGUUGAUGUCAUAGGACAGAUUGUUGAAGUGUCUCAUCUUGAAGUUCUUUCGGUCAAUGGGAAGGAUACCCAGAAGUUGUCUUUGGAAUUGAGGAACCAAGAUGAUGAUCGUCUCCCGUUGGUGUUAUGGGGUAAGUUUGCAACUGACGUGGAUAACGCCAUUCAGCUGAGACGUGAAAAUCAAAAAGUAUUGGUUCUCAGAUUCGGGAAGAUCAAAGUGUGGAAAGAUGAACGUUCUGUGUCAAAUGCUUACAAUGUUUCUGAUGUUGCUGUCAAUCCUAACAUGGACGAGGUUGUUGAGUUUCUUACUCUGUUGCCUAAGGAUGACAUGGCUUUGGCAAUUGUUAGCCCAAAGACUCUUGCCUAUGUUAAAGGUGUUUCUGAUAAGGAUGAUUUUUUCAUCCAUACCCCUAGGCUGACUAUUGCUGAGGUGUUGGCAGCAAGACAGGUGCAGAAGUCUAUUGUAAUGUGCACUAUAGCUGGGAUUGAUUCUGAUAUGGGUUGGUUCUAUCUUAGCUGCAAAGUGUGUUCUAAAAAGGUUCUCACUGUCCCGAAUGAUUCUAUUGAUGAAGGUCUGGACGAAGAUCUUUUCAAGCACAAUUACUUUUGUGUGAAAUGUAACCAGCAUAACCCCAAAAUCUUGCCAAGGUACAAGAUCCAUGCUGUGGUCCUUGACAACACAAGCAAUACCAAGUUCCUACUAUUUGAUAAUCUUGCACUCCAGCUCUUACAACAACCAUGCAUUGAGCUUACUGGACCAAGUGCAGAGGAGAUGGAAGAACCUUACCUUCUACCUCCACCAAUCAACAAUUUGGUUGGUAAAACCUUUCUUUUCAAGAUUGGUAUUGAGCGUGAAAACUAUCUAUACAAGCACGAAACUUACAAGGGGAGUGACAGUUCCACUGCAAUCGAGAACUCCUUGGUUUCUGAUGCCCCAGAGAUUGACAACUCGGUCAACACGGGCAAAGGUCCUAGAAUCUUUAAACUUCACGGUGAGAAUUACCAUUUGAUUGGGAGUGUCAAGCCUAGACCCGACGAACCGGCCAAGUUUUCGCAGUUGUAUAUUCACGAUACGGAGAAUGAAGUUCAAAACCGUAUCUCAGCAUUAAGUGGAAACUCAGGUAGAAGUAAGAUAAGAGAAGAUUUGGUUGAAGGUAUAAUGGAGAUGUUAAGGAACUCGAACGUGCAUGUCAAGUCAUUUAGGAAUGCGAUGGAUAGAUUUAAUGACGAAGAAGAAUGUGAAGGUUUAUCCUUGAAGCUAAUUCAUACUCGAGUCCAAGAUGGUCGUGUCUACAAUUUACCAACAGCUUCUGAAGUUGCAGCUUUGGUGGUUGGGGAUUUCGAAGAAAACAUGGACAAGAGGGAUAUUAUACUGGAAAAGAGUAAUGGGAAAUUGAAAAGGAUCAGCGAGCUAUACAUCCAUGUUAUCUUCCUCUGCAAUAUCCGUUGCUUUUUCCUAUGGAGAAGAUGGAUUCCGGCUCGGUAUUAA